AUGAAUCUGAAAAUUUUAAGCGUGGUUUUGCCAGUAAUGUUCGUGCAUUCCCAAGGAUAUUUAAGUGAACGGAAGAUCGACUACUAUGUGCGAUUAAUAACAAAAGCGAAUGAAAACGCAAUGACAUAUCAAUUACCCAAAAAUGCGUACGAAUACUAUACUAAAGCAAGACAGCAAAAGUUCGGAACUUUCGAUUUUGUGGUAAUUGGUGCCGGAGCUGGAGGAACGGUUGUCGCAAAUCGCUUGAGUGAAAUCGCUAAUUGGAAUGUCCUUUUGCUUGAAGCUGGAGGAUACGGAAAUGACUUUUCCGACAUCCCCAACAUGUAUUUCCCGAUACAAUUUAGUCAUUUUAAUUGGGGGUACAACAGCACUCCCCAAACAACAGCAUGCUUAGGUUUGGUGAACCACGUGUGCCUUUACCCCCGCGGCAAGGGCGUGGGGGGCACCACCCUAAUCAACGGCUUGGUUUACGCCCGCGGUCACAAAACCGACUUCGACAAAUGGGGCGAAAUGGUCGGAAACAAACGCUGGUCAUAUAACAAAGUCCUCAAAUACUUUAAAAAAUCGGAAGACUUUGUUUAUCGAGAUUACCAAAUACCUUACGAACCAGAAUACCACGGAACUGGGGGCUAUUUACGCGUCGAAAACUUCCUCUACAGAAGCCCCCAACUCGACGCAUUCCUCGCAGCAAACCAAGAGUUGAAUUUGGGCGUCGUUGAUUACAACGCAAACAAAUUGGGGGCUUCGGCCUCCCAACUCAACACCCACAACGGGGAGCGAUUCGACGGGGGGAAAGCCUUCAUCCACCCUGUUCUAAAACGUCCAAAUUUGAAAGUCCUCACUGGGAGUUAUGUCACAAAAAUUGUGAUUGAUAAAACGACGAAGGUUGCAAUUGGUGUUGAGUUUACACAUAAUGGGGGCUAUUAUUUCGUCGAAGCGAAAAAAGAAGUGAUUUUGAGUGCGGGAGUUUUUGGGUCGGCACAAAUUCUCAUGUUGUCGGGAGUUGGCCCCAGGAAACACCUCGAAGAAGUUGGGAUUGAAGUUAUUGAGGAUUUGGAAGUUGGGACUACUCUACGUGACAAUCCCACAUUUUUUGGGUUAAAUUUUGGGAGUAAUUACACCGAACCGGUUAAACCUUUGGAGGACUAUGUUGUGGAGUAUUUGGACGGGGUUGGGCCUUUAACCAUUUCUGGGAACAACCAAGGAGUGGGUUUUUAUGAAUCGAGUUACACCAAAGGUACUGGAAUUCCUGAAAUCGAGCUCAUGUUUAUUCCUGCUAAUGCUACUAGUUUGCUAUCACAGAGAAGUUUCGGUUUAACCGAUGAAACGUAUGAAGAUGUCUGGAAAUAUGCAAACAUCCCCCAAACUUUCAUUUUUUACGUCGUUGAUUUACACUCAAAAUCUGUUGGUAGUGUGAGACUAAAAAGCAAAAACCCUUUUGAGUACCCUUUAAUCGACUCAAGAUUCCUCUCAGAUCCUGAAAAUCGGGACAUUAACACGUUAUAUGAAGGAAUCCAACUAGCCUUAAAACUAGCACAAACGAGGCCUUUCCAGGCUAUUAACGCAACCUUGCAAGGAGGGCCCUUAAGGGCUUGCAAAAAACACCCUUACUUGUCUAAACCCUACUGGUACUGUGCUCUUCGACAACUUACCAUAAACCUGUACCAUCCUUUGGGGACUUGUCCCAUGGGUAAAAGCCCGGAAAAAGGGGCUGUUGUUGACGCAAAUUUGCGUGUUUUUGGGAUUAAAAAUUUACGAGUGGCUGAUGCAAGUGUUUUUCCGUUUGCGCUAGCAGGACAUCCGAAUGCACCCACGGUUAUGGUUGGGGAACAACUAGGGGAUUUAGUUAAAUGUGAACAUAAAAAUGAUAUAAUAGCCUAUAGUUAUUAUUAAUUGUUUAAAUAAUAUCAGUGUCUUAUAAUUUUUAAUUAAAGCGUGGAUGUAGA